GCCGUCCGGGCAACGUGAAGCGUGCUGGCUUAUCGUGUCGGCAGAAACAUAUAGGUGUAGUAUCAUUAAUGUGUGUCGAAGAAAUGACGACGCCGUUUAUAAGUCGCUGCGGUUAGCGCUGAACGUAUCUUACCGCCAUCCAGCGAAAGUACGUCUACGUCGAUAGUACGCGCGCGUAGACGCCAUAUCGGCAACAACAGCAGUGGAAGAGUCUGUGGACCAGUGGUGUGAGUCACACAAAACGACGUCACCGCGGAGCUAGAGACGCAAUCGGAAGCGGAAACAGGUGUUGCUGACUCCCAGGGUUGACCUGAAACGAGGUCAGGACACCGAGGAAGGCCCAAGCAAAGCUAGCAGCGCAGUAACGCCUUGUGUGAUUACCAGCGAACGGGCGCGUGCGAACACACGAAGACUAUACGACCAUGGGCUUGAACAGGGUACUGCGCGUGUUAGUGCGUGCGAAGGCGGGGAGGGCGCGAGCAAAUUGGAAGCUGCAGACGCUGAUGGUGAUGUUUGCAUUCGCUUUCGCCGGCAUCACAGCGAUGCCAGGAAAGAAUGGAGGCAACGUGAGAGGUAACAGCAGCCCUGGUAGUCAGGGAGGUAACACUGGCGGUGCUGGUAACGGAGGAGGCGGACAGGGGGCGACGAAGGUUCAUGGGAACAAGCACUGCACAGCCGACGGAGGGCCUGCCGGAUUUAAGAAACCGAAGAAGGCGAAUAGAGGUCGCGGGCACGGAAGACCGGAGGCGCCUCUUGCCGAGGAUCUGCCAGGCUACGAGCAGUUUCUGUCAAAGAAAUACGGCUGUAACAGAGCCGAAAUGCACCGGAAUCCGAAAAAACAAGCGACGUUCGAUUCCAACCGGAAUAAGAUGAUAGAGCACAACGUCAAGUUCGAACUCGGAGAAUCAAACUACACGAUGGAGGUCAACAAGUUUGCCGACCUGACGGCCGAGGAGUUCAUAGCCACGCAAGGCGGUCUCAAGAUCGCGUCCGAACGGAGAGCGAAAGGACGUCCCCAGCCGACGGGCGGCGAUCGGCACAGCAGACGACAAACGAGAACGAAGCGACAGACGCCGACUAACCUGCUCAGUAUUCUCUAUCCGACGUCGUUUACGGCGUUUGACUGGAGAGACAACAGCUUCACCGGAGUGGACAGGAAUGGCGUUCAGACGGCGUGUUUGCAGCCCGUGCAAAACCAGGGAGCAUGCAACUCAGGCUGGGCGUACGCCGCAGCCCAGCAGUGUAACGUGAACGUAGCGGGGACAGAGAUAGAGCUGCAAGCUGAUGAUGGAGAAAACGGACAUUUCAUGACCUCCGAUCAAGAAAUCAACCUCUACCAGCUGCUACGGGGAGGCCCACUAGCGGUGGGAUUGAACAUGGAGAGAUUGCAGUUUUACGCGGCAGGUGUGUUUUCGGAUUUCUACGGUCCACGUGAAGUGCAGGGAUACAUGACGCUAAUUGGUUACGGCACUGACACGUGGCUCAGAUUCAACCAAUACACGUUGACUCUGCAGCAGCUGAUCCUAGACUGGUGGGCCGUUCGCUCAAGUUUCGGUGAGGACUGGGGAGAGGAAGGCCACGUGCGCAUUCUCCGCCGCUAUCAGAUUGCUGGCAUAGGCAGCGAUGCUGUGCUCCCUGUUCUACCUUGAUUCAUCCAACCAGGUGGCGCUGCAGGCCAAGGACAUCAUCGUGGUGGCAACAUGCGUAGGUUUGCAAUGUACGGCACGAUUUGCUAAAGUAAAAAUGUGGGAAACUGCUUAGUAACUACGAUAACAUAUCAUUUAAUUUCAUAUUAGGGUUUACAUGCAUGUCUAUACAUAUGCAUACGCGAAAAAAUGCAUUAUAUGUAAACAUAUAUGUCUAAUAAAAAAAUACUUUUUGAUAAAUUCUAAAAAUAGUUAA